AACAUAUAAUUGGCUACGUGUACAGGAACACCACAGUAGCGAAAUCUAGCCAUAAAGAAGUCAACUAUACCUUCACUUUGAAAAGACAUACGUGUACUUCGCUGUUUCUUGCAAAUCUCGCGUAUUGUCAUUUCACGAGUGCAUGUAAACUGCGUGCUGUUGUGACUUGCUGAGGAUCGUUUCGUAUGAGAUGGUACGUGAAGGUGACAUGUGCAGGUGCUGAUUUCAUCUGUCCUUUCCUCCCUGGGUCUAUCGGGUCCUCGGCGAGGACGAAAAGCGUUAAUCGCGAAACUGGACGACGAGAACGAUAAUCUUGGAGCAUCAUGCCUUCCAGAAGGAGCAAAGGUGGCCUCCUGGCCAGAGUGAAUUUUCCUCUCUAUACCGUGCAGAUGGUAACCAACAGGCACAUCCUGGUGGGAGGCGGGGGCGGUUCCUCCAAAACCGGAGUUGCUAAUGGAUUUGAAAUUUUUGAACUGUCACACAACGGAACACACUUUAUUGCUGAAGAAGUAACCAGGCAUGAAACAGGUCCGAGUGUCGUUAUGAAUUGUGUUUCGCACAGGAAUGGCAAUAAGACAUGGAUCGCUGCUGGUCAGGAGAGCCACUGUCAACUGUAUAAUGUAAAUCCCAAGCUGGUAACUUCGGAGAAUGGAGAAUUGAUCAAAGGGUCAACAGCAACAACACACAAGGAUGGUCUUAGACAUAGAAAAAACAGUGAAAGAGUUGAAGAUUCUCAAUUGCAAAAGGAGAAGGCAGAGGAAGUUAAAGAUAACAAUUCUAAUGUCAAGAGCAAGAAAUUGCAAUUGGUUCUUGAGUCUUCUGGCAGUGUACAGACAACUUUUGGGGAUGAGCCUUUACAGAGAGUUGUCAGAGUGAGCAUUCAAGGGAAAAUUAUGGCUACAGGUGGCACAGAUGGUAAAGUUAGAUUAUGGAAAUUUCCACAACUGGACAAAUUGUACGAUCUUGGAACACAUGGAAAGGAAAUAGACGAUAUAGAUUUCAGUCCUAAUGGCAACCUCUUGGUGAGCAUUGCCAAAGAUGGAAAAGCCUUUGUAUGGAACAUAGAGAGCAAAGAGAAUAGAGAGCUUACUUGGAAGCCGCCAGACGGUAUCAAGUACAUGUACAAAAGAUGUCGAUUCAGGAAACUGGCAGAGGACGAGAAGAAGAAUGAUCUAUUUAUGCUCACUAAUGCCGUAACGGCGAAAAAUUCUAGUUUCCUUCAGUUAUGGGACGCUAAUACCGGUGCAAUAACCAAGUCUGCUCCCUACAAGGAGGCCCUGUCAGCUUUGGCUGUUUCUAACGAUGGUAAAUUCGUGGCUGUCGGCACAAUGUUCUCGGGCAGUGUCGACAUAUUCGUGGCAUUCAGCUUGACAAAGGCGCUUCAUGUUCCCGGAGCGCACAGCAUGUUUGUGACUGGUCUAGAAUUCCUUCCAACGAACGAUCAAUUGAACGGCGUCGCGAUUACCAGUAAUACGGAGACCGCGGUUGUCAGUAUCUCUGUGGAUAACAGGAUCUGUAUACACAGCAUACCAUUUAGACAUACACUGCCAUUUUGGUUCGUCAUUAUGCUGAUAAUCUUAUGUAUAUGCGGCGCGUUCAUCUUCUGCAGCUAUCUCGGUAUAUGACCUACGAAAUGUGCGACCGAGAUGAUGAAGCAGGAUGUUAUUUUCUUUUAAUUAUCAUAUUAGAGCGAUUAUUGUUUGCGCGCAUGAACGAUUGAAAAUAAAUAAAAGCCCGAAAUUCAACGCACGAUUCACUCGUUACGAGUACGUAAAACAGUGAUGCUCAAAGUACACGAGCGAAAUGUAGAAAUGAAAGCAGAUACGACGGCAUUUCGUCGAAUUAACUGACGAAACAUCAAGUGCACCAUAACUGUGGAAAUCUGGAGCGUUAGAUCAAGAAUAUUCUUGGAUAGUUUAGCGAUCAGGAUUCGCAUUUAAUUAUUGAACAAUAGUUUCGUCACUGUACACAAGAAAUCUUCAGGAAGCGCGUCGCGCGAUUUAGAUAUAGACGUGACGUCAGUCGAGGUGUUACUGUGAUAAAUAAACUAUGUUAGAGUGCUUUCAACAGAUUGGAGCAGCACUAAUUAGCACAUUGAUGUACAUAUAGAUUACAUUUUAUCAAUUUUUAAUUGCGCAAAAGCAAAAAUAGGACGUUGCGUCGCGAUUGUCUCUCUUUCGUGUGUGUACGUUUAAACAGAUUCAUUUUAUAUUAUAAUAUAUAUAUAUAUA